GACACGCGCGCGCGCACGCACGCACGAGCCGACACACAUUUCCACACUGACUACACACACACUCUGCUAGAGGCUGCACGCGUUUGUUUCCUUUGACAAACACCCACAUUUCACACUCAUUCUCACAGCGCCAGUCUGCUCGUUGUUCACACACCAACAAAAGGCAGCGAUUGCUUUGCUGGCUGGUUUGUUUUACUGCCACCAUGGAGUCCGAGACCGGGCAACACUCCCAACCGUCCGGGAUUUCCUGGGAACCUGGGGACCAAACUGAGGACGCCACGGGUCCAAAGUGGUUUGGGACGGUUCUGACUGACCCAAAGUGUCUCUGCCUUCUGCAUGAGUAACAGAUACUGGGCUGGAAAAUGAAAAGACGUCAACAUGGAAACGUCCUAAUGGAACCGAAAAGUUGGGGGGAUUUGGGUCACUUCAGAUAAUCAGUCAGAGAUUCUGAGCUUCGACUUUUCAUGUAAAAGUUUGGAACGACUUGACUGCAUGUUCAUGAGAUGCUGAUGACUUUCAAUCUCAAACUAAACAAAAUCAGUUAAAAUCAGGAGUUUGUGUUAAUGUUGAGGUAACCAGGCGUAACGAUCACAACUGGGACCAGUUCAGCUACGACUUCUGGACUUUUUUAACAGAUCUUAUUAAUUAAAAACACCAGGUAACAAACGAUACAUCUCAGAUGGAAAUGGAAUGAAAAAGCAGAUUUUGCAAGAGAUUAUAAUAUCACAUCAAAUUGUUAGCAGUUUUCAGGGAGGAUUGAACAAGUUUACACAUUUUCCUUUCCCAUUCUAAACAACAUCAAACUGGUUUAGUCUGGAUAUUGGGACAUCUCUGCUGAUUAUGCAGAUUCUUUCCCAAUCAUAUUCAAAAUAAAUGUUUGAAGAUAAACAGAGCUGGUGGUUUUAGUUCACUGUUGAUCCUGAUCUCAGAGGAUUUUGAAGGGCUUUGGACCUGGAGUCAACCAGAUUAAGAGAGACAUGGAAGAGACAGCUUUCUCCAUCUUAUGCACCACCACUGACAUGGACCAGUGUGGUGGUCGCCUGGCCGGUCACAGGAGAACCUAAACACAACGCAGCAGCAAGUAAACAUGGUGUUGACGAGAAUUGGUCUGCAGAAAACACCAAACUAGAUCUGGGUCUCUUUAUCACUGAGGUAACCUGAAGAGGUUUGUUGCUGUGCAGCAGGAUUCCUUACAGCCGGUCCUUCAGAUCUACCAUCGUUUAGACCUUUAGAUGCCUCCAGUCUCCAACACAUCUGGAUCAAAUGACUCGUUAAGCAUCUGUCAGCUCUGUAGAGGUCUGGUAAUUCACUAUUUGAUUCAGAUGUGUAGAAUUAAGGGUGUAUCUAAAAGUUACGGGGCUGGAUUUGGGAAUACAAGCCCAUACCUUAUGGUACAGUAUAGCUUCAGAGGUAGACACCCUGUUUAAUAUGGAUCUGGAUUUAUAGUACAACCACCCAGACUGACCCAAACAAAAUGGUGUCUCUUUCCCACCACCAUCAUGUGCUGGUAAUGCUGCGUAAGGAUGAUUUUAAGGUUGAUCCCUCCUUACAGAACCAAAAUGACGGUACAGUCCUUGUCAGGUGAGGUUGUGGUUUCUUGGUUUGGUCUGUUUUUCAUGUCUCAAUUUCUGUUGGGUCGUUGCAAAGAGAGUGAGAUCAGCAGAGUUUAGUGUAUAAUGAUGUCAUGGGGUUUAUCAGGAUUAGUUCCCUGAGGUUGCACCUUCUCGUUUUUCUUUUGUUCACGGAUUUGUUUUGUUUAUGGUUCAGAAAGGGAAUAAGGAUGGUCUCUUCCAUCGGCUUUACAAAUCAUUUUCUCAUACAGCGACUGAAUUAGACUGAACUUCUGCAUAUUUUUAUGUUCCAGUUUAUGCUAAAUAAUACUGUAUAACCAUGUACGCAUUUCAAACCAAACUAAUUAGUUACAGUCAGACUAAAACAACGAACAGGACUGCGGUACAGGUGUUGCCUUUCCUCUUGACCUUCAACUUGUUAUUCAUGUCUGGAAUAAAUGUUUGAAGCAGGACUCUCGAUCUCGUCUGAGCAUGUGUGUACAUGUGUCUUUUUAAUAUUUUUGGAUAGUGAAAAACAUGAAGACACAUUUCACAGUGAAUUACAAAACUGCAUUACAUCAGGUUAGGGCUGCAAGGUGGUGCAUUUUGGAGCACCAUUGCCUGGUUUGGAGUCUUUUGUCGUGGAGUUUGCAUGCUCUCCUUGUGCAUGGCUUGGCUUUCUCUGGGUACUCUGACUUCCUCCCACAGUCCAAAAACAUGACAUGGGAUUAAUCGGUCUCUGUAAAUGCUCCUUUUUGUGUGCAUGGUUGCCCUGCGAUGGCAACCUGCUCAGAGAGUACCCUGCCUGUUACCCAAUGGCUGCUGGAUAAAGACACCAACAGUUUUGUGAGCCAAUUUUGGUUGGUUGAAGCAUCAUUCUUAGAUUUCAGUUCCAACAUUGCAUCAAUAGCUUAACAUCAAAAAUGCUAAAUCACCAUCUACUGUACUGGAAUAAGUGAGUAGGGUUGGUUUCAUAUAGGAGGUGAUGCGAGGUGUGCUUGCCCUGGUCUAAGGCCAACAGAAGGAGGAAAUGGUGCUGACCAGGGAACACAAAGGCUCAAAUAUGUUAAAGAGAGAAUAUAUUGUUGACAAAAGUAUCGUCACAUGGUGCUGUGAUAUUCUAGAAGAAGGACAAUAACCUUAGAAAGUGGUUUCCUUUCUUAACUUGUUAUUAACCAACAUAAUUUCUGAUAAACCAACGUCUAUACAUCAGGUGUAGACAAAAAUUAUUGACUGAUAUUGGAUAAAAGGUUACAGCAGAAUGGAAGGUUACCGUGAUCUGUAGAAUCAAUAAGCCAUGUGUUUCCUAAAGGCACUUUGUCUGAUCUGUUUUAUUCACAGACCAAAACGCAGUGACCUCACAUGCUAACUGCUAGCUGAGCAAACGUGUUCAUAUGUGUGUUUGUGUGUGAGAGGUCAUGUCGGGAAUGACGAGCGGCGUGUGUGUAGAGAGUGACCUCUCCUCGAUGCUGCAGAGAAGCUCCGCCCCCUCUCACCAUCACCCAAAUCACCAUGGUUACGGCAGUCAGGGACAGGUGUCGGGUCUAGCGCCGAUGCUCGACUACACCACUGAGAUGGACCGGUACCGCUCAUCCAUCGCCACCUUCUACAAGACUAACGUCAACAUGAACAUGAACGUGACAAACUUCCCACAAUCAGCCAAACUGGCGGCUCGUCUGGCGGCCGCCGCUCCUAUCUUCCCCCCCGCCGCUGCCAGGCUGGGUGCCAUGGCGACAGCCCCAUGGGGUUGCCAUGACAACAUGAACAUGAACAUGAACCACCCGGCGGCCAUGUUCUGGGGCAGGCCCAAACCUGUAGCUACAGCGCCAACGCAUCACCACCACCAUCCCUCGGCGACGCCAGGUCACAUGACCUCUUCGCACCCCCACAGCAGCAGCAUGCACCAGAGCAGCGGGGGGCCCGGAGGGGGAGGAACCGGUGGUGGAAGUGAAGGGGGAGGGGCUGAAAAACACGGACACACUGCGUCACUUCCUGUUAGCCAGGGAACAGCACACCAUCACCCCAUAGCGCCUAGCAACGGGAACUUUCUGCCCGGUUACAGCGGCGGCGCAGACUGUGGCGUUAUGAACAAGCAGGGACACGCCCACCCGGACAUGAUGGGCCUAUCAGAGGGCGGCAACUGCAAUGGGGGAGGAGUAAUGAGUGGUGGCUUCCUGGGGGGGCUGGGAUUACCCCCUGGGGUCAUCGUCAUGGCAAUGGGAUCCGCAGGCGGCGGGAUUUCAGACGCCAGCAGCGCUUUUCAGAUGACGAGCGGCCAGCGGGCGCUAACGGACUGCCAGCAGCACACUAACUCCUCCCCUUGCCCCUCCUCUUCCUCCCCUUCAUCAUCAGGGGUGACAGCAGGGGGUGUGUCUCUCUCCUCAUCAUCUUCAUCAUCGUCAGGGACAGUGGCGAAGAGGAAGCGGAAGCGCUGUGGCGUAUGCGGGCCGUGCAGACGACUGAUCAACUGCGGCGUCUGCUCGUCCUGCCGCAACAGGAAGACGGGUCACCAGAUCUGCAAGUUCAGGAAGUGUGAGGAGCUGAAGAAGAAGCCAGGAGGAGGAGGCGGGGUGCUGGAGCGGCCGCCCUCCGUCCCAGCCGGUGAGGCGUUUCGCUGGUUCUUCUAGCCUUUCCUUCACCAGUGGAGUCACCAACGCAGACACACCUGGACUGAAUGAAAUUCAGCCAGAGGACUUUGGCGUCUCGGACUGAACCAGAACAGGACUUUGUCGUGUGUGGAUAGCCCAGAAAUCCUGCAUCGACUGGAUGGAGGACGAGGAGGAAGAGGAGGAGGAAUCACAGGAAAUAGGAGGGCUUCAUCAGAAAGGUUUAGUGUUUUGUGAAAGGGGAUUUAAAGGUACCACAGGAAGCAGUUGUCAAAUUGACUCCCCUCAUGAAUGGUCUUGUGCUCACCAGCUAUUGAUGCCCAUCGUCCCUUCAAAUCAACUGCAAGUCAUCUUGACGCCUCAAUUGUCCCGGAUUCACUUUAUAUUUGGGUUUUUCAAAUCUGGUCAUGCAAUAGCACAAGGCAUUGAGACUCUAGAUUUCUAUUCUAUUUCUAUUGCUUCAAUGCCUGAAACACUAGAAAUAUUUCUUCUUAUCUAAUUUGCAAAAGUGGAUUUGCUCCAUCUUUGCGAUCCUAGUGAGAAAAGUUUAUAUGGGUCUAUUAAACACUGCAGACAAUGAUUUAUCAGCAUUAAACCAGAGUUAAUCCCUGAAAUGGGACAAUAGAACUGUCUCUAGGUUCAUGAAUUACUGGUCCAGUCUAGUUUUCAGGGCAAAUAUCAAUUUUUCAUCAUGGGACCAAUCUUUGGUCCAGUCUUACUGGGAACCAGGAUUUCCUGAGUGGGACCAUAAUUUAUGGUUUGGUAACCCUUUAGGCUCGUCAGUGGUAUGUUUUUGUCCCAGUGUUUAAAUUAUGUCGCGAACAUUUGCCCCUGCUAAAUUCAGAGGCUGUCGAUGCUUAAUGUGUCAGGCAGAGGUUUGCUCAGUAUUUCUAAGUAUUGGAGAAGAUUUUAUUAAAGGUCUUGGAUCCGAACCAAGACCAAGAACACUCAGGGGAUCAGGAAGGACUCUGGCAAAACCAUUCAGGACAUUUCUAGAGAUGAGCAGAGGAGUCGGUAAGGACGUAGAUGCUCCUGGAAGUACAAGGAGAGACUUUAAACUGUUGCUUUAUUUUGGUUUGACAAAGGAAGGAUGGAAAAUCUUCAACCUGUCAGAGAAAACCAAACUUUCUUUCUUCUCCUCCAAACUACAACUCUAGAGUCCGAUGCUUUGAUUGGUUAAACUGGGCAGUGACUGAAAAGUCCAGAUAAAAAAAUGAGUUUUAAACUUUACAGCGACACAAGAGCAUUAACCAUUUCCUCCCAGACCUUUUCCAUCCCUUGAAUAAAACGCCUUCCUCCUCUUCAUCCUCAUCCACCCAGCCUAACCACUAAUCCCAUUGUAGCAAAACCCAGGAAGAUUCAGGACUCAGCCGCAGAGACUCCUUCAGUUUGACCAAAACUGGCUGACAAGCUAACCUCAAAGAGGAUUCACAAACUGACCUCAGCAGGAAGUGAUCCAAGACUGUUAAUAUGGACUACAAGUUCCCCACAGUAGGACUACAAUAACCACAUCACUGUUACCAUCUCUUCUGUCUACCUCCUCCUUAAGGACUUUAAACGGCACCUUGGUUGACUUUUGCUGGCCGGUGUUUCUGCUGGUGCAACGUGAGCUGCUUCUUAACUCUCUUGGUGGUCCAGAAGUUAUUUGGUUCAUUUGAAUCUGGCAAAUUAAAGAGUUGUGAUAAUUUAUUGGGUUUGUGUAGAUGUAGAUGGAAGGUGCAGUCAAAGGUCCAGUCGGUUUUAUAAGGCUGAAAGGAACCAUUUUACUGCUUUCUGGGUCCUCUAAUUGAAGGUUUCGACAUUUUUCCGCUUCAGCUUGUUGGGCCCGACAGGGACCUCAGAGAGAGUUCAGAACCAGAUCCUGUGUUCCCGUAUCAGCUGAACAUUGAACCAUGUGGUGGACCAACAGAAGCGCGAAUGCAGCGUGGGAAUUCGCAGCGACCCUUUGGAUCCCCGAGCAGAACUCUGGGACCUCCGGGAACCGAGCGGAAAGAGAUCGGAUCAUUCCACACUGCAACUGUGUCAUUUCCUGUUUGUCGGUUGACAACGCGCUCAGUGAUUCCUUGUACACACCGAGACAUUCUCAUUAAAAUUUUAUCUUGAAAGCUCA